AUGAGUGCCAGUUCUCUCGUGACUGUCGCUUCCGUCGCCUCCGGAAUCGCUAUUGUGGUCUGCGUAUUCACUGUCGGAAUGAUCUUCAAUGACAUAAACUCGUUCUACGAUGAGAAGAUCGGAGAGCUCACCGAGUUCAAAGGAUACGAGCAGAUCGCCUGGAAUGCCAUGAUCCCAACCACCCGCCCGUCUUCUGGAUCCUCUUUCCUUCUUGGCCGUAACAAAAGACAAGCUCAGUGCAACUGCGGGGCUCAAUCCCGUGGAUGCCCAGCUGGACCACCAGGACCACCAGGACAGCCAGGAAUUAGAGGAGAACCAGGUUUUCCUGGAAUUGCAGGACAACCGGGAUCUGGAGCCAGAAUCAACCCAGCCACCGGCAAACCAGGAUUCUGCAUCACUUGCCCCGCCGGAGCACCAGGACCAGCUGGACCACCAGGACAUCCCGGACCACAGGGAGUCAACGGGCAACCAGGAGCACCAGCUCCGUCCGGAGGACGUGGACCACCAGGACCACCAGGACCAGCCGGAGAUGCCGGAGCCCCAGGAAACCCAGGAGCAUCAGGAGGCCCAGGACAACCAGGACGUGGAGGACAACGCAGCCGUGGAACUCCAGGAGCCGCUGGAAGACCAGGACCACAAGGACCAGCUGGAGCCCCAGGACAGCCAGGACAGUCGGGAGGAGCCGGAACUCCUGGACCACAGGGACCACCAGGACCAGCAGGACAGCCAGGACAGCGCGGAGGAGAUGGACAACCGGGAGCCCCAGGAAACGCAGGAGCACCAGGAGGAGAUGCCGGUUAGUUGCUAGACCUUUUCGAAAGUUUAAACGGCGUAUAUUUCCAGCCUACUGCCCAUGCCCAUCUCGUUCUGCUGCCGUUUUCGUCCGUUCCCGAGCGGUUGCCCGUUCCCGAGUGGUCGCCCGUUCCCGAGUGGUCGCCAAGAGCCGCGCAGUUGCUCGUCGUCGCGUCUCCGCAAAGCGACGUGUCGUCAGAAAACACCGCGUUCAGAAGGCCGUUGCCUAA